AUGGACGAGCCAAGAACUUAUUUUAUUCUGCGAAACACCGAUCACGAGCCGGACCGCCUGAUUCAACUCGGCCAGCUCAUCGCAGAUCCACGCAUCCCUUACCGCCGAGUCGCCCCUCCUUUCAAGCCUAUCCCGAAAGAUCUCCUACAUCAUGCGUAUAAGGAUGAUUGGUCUUUCGAGACUUCCAAGGGUUCAGCCGGACAAGUUGGGGUUUUCGCCCAAUUUCUUGCCGUGGCUACCGCUGAGACUUCAGCCCAUGCUUCGCACGAGCUCAUGAACUCAUGGAAAGCUGCUGCACUAGAGACAGUGUUCUUGGAGCUCGGAGAGGACACAGAAUCACCUUAUGUAAUAGACAGCGUCAACGAAGCUAUCGUGCAGAAAUGGUUAAAGCGCGAUAAGUUUCGGAAGAGAGUACUCUACAUGGUGACUGGAGUGAAAAUAGCCAGGCAGCCCGAGGAAACUUCAUCUACGAUUUCCAAAACUACGGGUGCGUCUGCAAAGGUUGGGGGGGACCCAGGAACAGGCGGGCUCGUGUCGGUCGGGGCACAAGGAGGGCUUGACCGAUCCAAAGCUGUCUCGGAGAGUAACACUCCCUCUAAAGACUUCGUUUUCGCCUACAGACUGCGGAAGAUCCACAUCAGCUUACGCGACAAAAUCACCCUCGGAAACGAUCUUCACGGCGGUGAACUACACGGAGAUGGCUACCUAAGCGACCUCAGCACUUCGGAAGAUGAUACUAGCGACGAUGAGAUGGAAGAGACAUUCCUACAAAUGGAUGAUAUUGAUGAAGUGUUCACUGAGGAGGCUGAUUUUGGGUCUUCACUUCCUGCAACGGACAUCAAGAUAAGCAUCGUUGACGAUGACGGGCAAAACUGUUUGGGUAUACUAGCAGUGUAG